AUGGUUUUAGAAAACAGCCCUCUGCUAGCGUCCACCACGCAUGAAGCUAUCUAUGACAGGUUUGCGCCCGACCAGAAGAGGUGGAUCGUGUUUCUCGUCUCUUUUGCGGGUUUGUUACCUAUGUUCGUCUCAGCGACAUUUGUGCCUUCCAUCCCUCAAAUAGCUAAAGAUCUUGACUCGACGCAUGCUGUUGUCAGUUUGACUGUCAGUCUAUCGAUCUUGGCGAGUGCCGUCGGAGCGUUAGUUUGGGCUGCUUACUCGUCUUUCUAUGGACGCCGAUGGAUGUAUUUGUGGGGCAUGCCAUUUUUGUGUAUCGGGAGUUGUGGCGUUGCAAUGGCAGCUUCGCUGAAGAGUUUGUUGUUCUGGCGAUUCGUACAGACGUUUGGAUGUUCUGGGGGAAUACCAUUGGGUGCUGGUGUUGUCGGUGAUAUUUAUAAAUUGGAGGAGAGGGGGACUGCUAUCGGAGUAUUCUUUGGUGCCACACUUGGGGGGUUCGCUGUUGCUCCGUUCCUUGGAGGUGCAGCAGCGCAGUAUUGGUCCUGGCGCAAUUUGCACUAUUCCCUUGCUGUGUGGGGCUUGCUCGAACUGCUUCUCAUAUAUCUUUGGUUUCCCGAGACGAGCCAUCCUGGCACAUUAGGCAUUGAUAAACUAAAGCGAAGGAGAUGGAUCCACAUCACAUGGGUCAAUCCUCUCAGUAGUCUUUGGCUACUUCGGAGUCCGAACCUAUUUGCAGUCAUGCUUGCGUCGACUCUGGUGCUUAUAACUGACUAUGUUCUUCUCGUGCCGCUGGCGUAUACUAUUGGCGUUCGGUAUGGUAUCGUGAACGAGGCCAUCAUAGGGGCGUGUUUCCUCCCAAACGGAUUGGGAAACUUCAUCGGAGCACCGGUUGCUGGCCGCCUAUCGGACAUUAUAGUCAGAAGAUGGCGGAAACACCGCAAAGGAGCGUGGUUUCCUGAAGAUCGCUUGAGAGCGACGUGGAUCGGAGGGCUGGUAAUGAUUCCGUUGUCUAUUGGGUCGUCGGGGUUGAUCACGACGUAUGUUGGGGGCUCGGUCGGUCUUUGUUUGAAUUUAUUAUGUCUUUUUACAAAUGGAAUGGGCGUCGAUUUCGUAUUCAAUCCAAUCGGUUCUUAUAAUGUGGAUGUGGCGCGCUCUCGAAGCGCGGAAACCACGGCCGCUAGCGCAGCGAUCCGGUCACUUAUUCUAUCUGCUGCGACUGCUGUUGUCAUUCCCUCGAUCGAGCAUAUAGGUGUUGCAUGGACAAACAUCAUCGCGGCUGUUCUUGCUAUCAUUGGACAAGGGCUGAUUUUCUUGACGAUCCAUUAUGGCGAUCGCAUGAGGGCCAGCGUAGAUGUUGGUUUCUCGACCACGGAGAACUCAUAG